GCGCCACUGCAGCGUCUAGGCUGCUCUUUUUGGACCAGGAAGUGCGGUGCCAGAUCCCAUAGACUGUAUAUAAACCAGAUCCACCGUUAUAACAAAACAAGGGCUGUUAGGGAGAUAAACAUAGUUUUCCCUUUGAUAACCUAUAAUCAUAUUCGUCUUGACAUGGAGGACACACUCUUCCAGUUAAAGUUCACUUCUAAGCAGCUUGAGAGACUGGCCAAGAAGGCAGAGAAGGAGUCGGAAAAGGAGCAGGCCAAGGUUAAGAAGGCGUUGCAACAGAAGAAUGUGGAUUGUGCCAGAGUGUAUGCAGAAAAUGCCAUCCGGAAAAAAAACGAAGGUCUCAAUUGGCUGCGCAUGGCGUCUCGAGUCGACGCGGUGGCCUCCAAAGUCCAGACUGCUGUCACCAUGAAGGGAGUGACCAAAAACAUGGGCCAGGUGACCAAAGCUCUGGACAGAGCUCUGAACUCCAUGGAUCUCCAAAAGGUCUCUGCCGUCAUGGAUAAGUUUGAAACCCAAGUCCAGAACCUCGACGUCCACACCUCAGUGAUGGAGGAUUCCAUGAGCUCGGCAAUGACCCUGACCACGCCUCAGGAACAGGUGGACAGCUUGAUCCACCAAAUAGCAGAGGAGAGCGGCCUGGAGGUGAUGGACCAGCUCAGCCAGCUGCCUGCAGGAGCCACCUCGGUGGGUGCAGAGAGCUCUCGGAGCCAGGAGAGGGAAGACCAGCUGUCUCGACGGUUGGCUGCUUUGCGGAACUGAGGACUCGUCCCGGAGAAGAGACGGAGCUUGUUCCGGCUGUGUGGAAGCAGACGACUUUAAUGAUGGCGACAGGAGCUGUGUGUGUUUUCUAUUGAACUGUUCCUACAAGGAGGACUUAAUGAGCCUAUCGAUUACCAUCCCCCUGCCUGCUCUAUAAAUAAACACACACACACACACACACACACACACACACACAGGCUAGAAAUACUACCUGAGAAGUCAUGAAUCUCUCUCUGGUUCACCUUCCUAUUUGAUCCUUUUAUUCCUGUUUCUAUCUCCCCCUGUAAUAAUGUAAGUCCCAGUCGGAUCUCAUUUUGUUUCUCCACCAACACCACCUCCUCCUCCUGAUCUCCCACUCAGCAGUUCUCAGACCACACACCUUUGGAUGUAUGCUUUGUAUGAAAAACAUUUUUUUUCACAAACUAAAUUUACAAUGAUGAGAAUGAAAACGUUUUACUAAGCAGUUAUAUUGAUUAUAAUGGAGUUUGGCGUCCCUAGCUCUCAUAAGGUGCCCGGUGGGUUAAAGAUUUAUUUACAAGUGUUGUGGGCUCUGUCAGUCAGAGUUUUAAUGGAUGAUUCUGUUGGGAAGAAGGAGACACAUACAUUUAAUGGGAAAAGAAAUAUCAGAUUUUAUACUUUGGUGUUUGGUCAUUUUUAAGUUUAAAAGCAAUCUCUUCGUAACACUAACAACUCCUUCAGAAGAUUCAUCCAAACAACAACCACUGCAUGACAUACACACACACACACACACACACACACAUUAUAUAUAUAUAUAUAUAUAUAAUGUAUGCAGCAAAGUACAAUCCUCAGACCUUUUGUUUCUCACUGACAAAAUUAUUUAUUUUCAUGUUCUACUUUUGUUUUAUUUAACUUUGUUGAUUAUUUCUCAUACCUAUAUUGGGAAUUUUUGCUUUUAAUGCCUUAUUUGGGAUGCAGGUGCUUGCAUAGGUGCUACCCCCGCCAGUGCCUGAAGGACAGUAGUUUAGAAAGCAAACAGCAGUAAAUAUCUUGGUCACAGCCAACUUGACUGUAAUGAGUGAGCGCUCUGGUUGCCACAGCUGUCAUAGAGGGACAUAUAUUAUCUCUUCAACUCUAUAGAUUGAAGAAGCUGGAUCUCUUUGAGGUGUCCCCCAGCAACACUGAAACCUCACUCAGAUAUUUUUCGGAGCUUCUCUGUCUCAAAAUAAAGUAAUCAUCCCCACCUGUCUUAGUCUCAUCCGAAACACUUCCAGUAGAAGACGUCAGUUAGGAGCAGAGAUGUACGUGCUGGAUCUUAUUUUUAUUUUUGACAAGAAUCAAUUGCUACUCCUUUUUUGCCUUGUAAACCACGUAAACAAUGGCAACAGUGUGAGUUAACAGAAGACGGGUUCUUUUUCUGUUGUUUUUAGAGCUCAUAGCUCUGUAUUGAGAUGCCUGUUAAGUGAUUUCACUGGUUUUGAUGCGUCCUUCUUCGAGCAUUCAAUGUAGAUAUCAGUGAGAGGGCAGGCAGGCCAAAGCCAGACCUCGACCUAUGACAGAGCAUCUUUGCUGUCGGAUGUUUCCCAUUUAUUUGUCCAUUUUAACACAGGAAGGGUUUGUUAUUGCUCAAUGUUCAGCAGACUUUGAAGCAUUAUUGUUUUCUAUAUUUAUCUUGGUAAAAUAAAGUCUUGCCCUCUGA